AUGCCCGUGGACCUGGCGAAGUGGGACGGGCCGCUGAGCCUCGCCGAGGUGGAGCAGAAGCCGGCGCAGCCGCUGAGGGUCAAGUAUGGCUCCGUGGAGAUCGACGAGCUGGGCAAGGUGCUCACGCCCACUCAGGUCCAGCAUCGCCCCACCAGCAUCGAGUGGGACGGCUGCGAUCCCCAGAAGCUUUACACCCUGGUCCUCACAGACCCUGAUGCGCCCAGUCGGAAGGACCCGAAGUUCAGGGAGUGGCAUCACUUUCUGGUGACCAACAUGAAAGGCAACAAUGUGAGCAGCGGGACCGUGAUGUCGGAUUAUGUCGGCUCCGGGCCUCCCAAGGGAACAGGGCUGCACCGCUACGUGUGGCUGGUGUACGAGCAGCCGCAGCAGCUGGCCUGCAGCGAGCCCGUCCUGUCCAACCGCUCCGGCGACAAGCGCGGCAAGUUCAAGGUGGCCGCCUUCCGCAGCAAGUACGGGCUGGGGGCGCCGGUGGCGGGCACCUGCUACCAGGCCGAGUGGGAUGACUACGUGCCCAAGCUCUACGAGCAGCUCUCGGGGAAGUAGGGCCAGGGCCCUGGGGCACUGCAGCACCCGUGGGUGGGGCCGGGCACGGGGCUGUAGUUCUGUUUUGUUAAUGAGUUGUUAAUUGUCCCGCUCUGACCGCUGGAAAUGUCAGUGUCACUGUCCCUGCUCCGUGUGUGCCGAUGCUUGUGGUAUCCUAGCUAGAGCUGCUGCUGGGGGUCCCUGGAAGGGCCACUCCCUCCAAACUGACCUGCUUAAGGGAAUCAAAAGCUUUUGUGGAUUAGCGUCAGUUCAGGGGGUCUCUGCCGUCUUGGGGUGGUUUGAGGUGGCAGGGGUGUGGGUACACAACCACUUUGGAGUGGGUGCUGGCUGUGGAGACUCUUUUCCAGGAGAGGAGAGAGCAGUUGAAGGGAAGCUUCCUCCCCUUUUUUUUUCUUCCUUCCUUCCUUCCUACAUUUAACCAGUGCCUCCAUAACACCACUACAGUAGUGAAGGUGCAGCUCGAGGGGGAGGCAGGAGCUGACCUAGAGCACUUCUUCUGUUUUCUGCUGCCACUCUAAGCUGAGACCACUUUGUUUUGUUCAGUCCUGUGGUGACCUGCCCCGUGCGCACAGUGCAAUUAAAAACUUCCCAAGGCC